AUGGGACUUUGCAAAUGUCCGAAACGAAAAGUUACCAACUUAUUCUGCUAUGAGCAUCGUGUCAACGUCUGCGACUUUUGCCUUGUCGAUAACCAUCCAAAUGUAAGUUUCACGCAACCUCAUGCUUCCCAACAUUAUUGAUUCUCAGUGCGUCGUGCAAAGUUACUUGAGUUGGCUCACAGACCAGGAUUACGACCCAAACUGUGCCAUCUGCAAAACCUCUCUUUCCGAAGGUGAAACCAUUCGCCUGAAUUGUUUGCGUAAGUUUUUUCUCUUCUUCCAAUGAUUUCAACAAGAAAUAGUUAAUUUUCUCAGAUCUCUUGCAUUGGAGAUGCUUCGAUGACUGGGCUGCCAGUUUUCCGGCGACCACUGCACCGGCCGGCUACCGCUGUCCGUGCUGCAAUCAUGAGGUGUUCCCGGCUCUCAACGAAGUUUCUCCACUCAUUGAAAAGCUUCGCGAGCAGCUAAAGCAGUCGAAUUGGGCUCGUUCCGCUCUCGGCCUUCCGGUUCUUCCUGAGCUAAACAGACCCGUUUCGGCCGUCAAGCCAAUUGUUCCACAACCGCCUCCAUCUCAUGCUGCUUAUGACAAUCCGAAUUCCGCCAAAGACAUUCCGGUGACUCAUAAUAGGUAAUUUUUUAGGUUUAAAAGAAUAAAAUGAGCAAUAUCUUCCAGAUCAGCAACUCCAGCAACACAUUUGGAAAUGGAGGACACCGCCUCUUAUUCUGUCUCUAACAACGAUGUGACAUUUGCGAGAAAGAAGAAUUAUGCUCCUGAGACUUCGAGUGACACUCACCCAUUGCUGAAACGUGAUCGAGAUGCUGAUAACGAGGAAAACAAAUACAAAAGACGGCCGACGAUGGACUGGAUGCGCGGCCUUUGGAGAGCCAAACACGGCUCCGGAGUUCCCCAGGAAAAGACAUCGGCUCGCAAAGUUGCCCUUUUUGUCAUUUUCCUGGCAAUUCUGGCAUUGAUCACGGUGAGUUUCAGCGAAUCAAGAAUGUAGAUUAGAAAUUUCGUUCCAGAUUAUCGCAGUCCUAAAGCGAGCCGGCUACAACGGAGAGCACUCUGAUCCGAUGUUCGAUCCGAUGUCCAAUCCGAACAUUCGUGUUGCGGUCGAUGAUUCCCGUCUUCCGCACCUUUAG